CUUUGUACUAGCUCUGUCUCUUCUCUUCUUCAAAUGGCUUCCAAUUAACAUCACUAGCCUCCAUUUUUACCAACAAGUACAACAGCUUCAACCCCAUCAACUAUUCUCAUUUCUCAACUGGGGUUUGUUCAUCUUCUUCUCAACUUUACUGGGUACCUUCUAAGUUUCUCAUUUGGGGUCUCAUUUCUGUGAUUUUUUUAGUUAACUCUGUUCUUCUCUUACUUGGGUUUUUGGUGAUGAAGUGAGUUUCAAAAGGAAAAAAAAGAAGAUUUGGAAAGUGCGACCAUAAAAAUGGUUGGUACAGCCACUAAUGGGAGAGGCCGGCACUCGUUUCCGUACAUUAAUGGAGGAUAUGAUAUGAGUCCGGGUAGUACUCCGGCGAGCAAUGCCGGUUCGGAGUGUGGUGGCAUUGAGUUUACUAGAGAAGAUGUUGAAGCUUUGUUGAGAGAAAAGCCUAAAAGGAAGGACAAGUUUAAUCUCAAGGAAAAAUGUGAUCUCUUGACUGAGUACAUUAAAAGGCUUAAACUUUGCAUCAAGUGGUUUCAAGAGCUGGAAGCAAGUUAUGUGUUUGCGCAAGAUAAGUUACAGAAUAGGCUGGACAAGGCUGAGCUGAGAUGUUGUGAAACAGAAAACCUACUCAAAAACAAGGAAGAAGAAUUGAACUCAAUUAUACAGGAGCUCAGGAAGAAUUAUUCAUUUUUACAAGAUAAAUUUGAACAAGAAGAAUGUGAUAAAUUGUCUGCAAUGGAUUCUCUCACAAAAGAAAGACAGGCCAGGCUUGAUAUUGAGAGAUCACAGAAUACUCUAUCGGAAGAGCUUGGGAGAGCUCAGAGAGAGCUGUCAAGUGCUAAUCAAAAGAUAUCGUCCCUUAAUGACAUGUACAAGCGAUUGCAAGACUACAUUGCUAGUUUACAACAGUAUAAUAGUAAACUUCACACGGACCUAUCUACAGCCGAGGAUGACCUUAAGCGUAUAGAGAAAGAAAAGGCUGGAAUGGGGGAGAACCUGAGCAUGUUAAGGGGUCAACUUACUAUGUGCAAAACAUCGCAUGAUGAGGCAGUAAAGCAGAGAGAUGCUUUGGUCAAUGAAUCUGCAAGCCUUAAAAUGGAGUUGCAACAAGUUAGAGAUGAUCGUGACCGCUUGCUACUCCAAGUGCAGUCUUUAACAGCUGAAGUGAUCCAAUAUAAAGAGUCUACUGAGAAUUCUUGCUCUGAGUUGGAUAACCUAACAACAAAAACAAAUGAACUAGAGGAUAUAUGUGAUGCACAAAGUAAUGAAAUAAGGACAUUGAAGGAUCAACUAACAACUGCACUAGAAAGACUGCAGGUGUCUGACUUAUCUGCACUUGAGACGAGAUCAGAAUACGAAGAACAACAGAAACUUAUAGGUGACUUACAAAGUCGUUUGGCAGAUGCAGAAUUUAAAGUUAUUGAAGGGGAGAUGCUCCGAAAGAAGUUACAUAAUACCAUUUUGGAACUGAAAGGGAAUAUUCGUGUAUUCUGUAGAGUGCGACCUUUGUUGCCUGAUGAUAGUUCAUCUGAUGGGAAGGUUAUCUCUUAUCCGACGUCAAUGGAAGCUUUUGGACGCGGCAUUGAUUUAGUGCAAACUGGGCAGAAACAUUCUUUCUCAUUUGACAAAGUUUUUGUACCUGAUGCAUCACAAGAAGACGUCUUUGAAGAAAUUUCACAACUUGUACAAAGUGCUCUUGAUGGUUACAAGGUUUGCAUCUUUGCCUAUGGUCAAACAGGAUCAGGCAAAACAUAUACCAUGAUGGGUAAACCAGGACAGCCUGAUCUAAAAGGGCUGAUACCUCGUUCACUUGAACAAAUAUUUCAAACUAGACAAUCUCUUCUACUACAAGGUUGGAAAUAUGAAAUGCAGGUAUCCAUGUUGGAAAUAUAUAAUGAAACAAUUCGUGAUUUGCUAUCCACAAAUAGAUCAUCUAUAGAUAUUUCACGAACAGAAAAUGCUGUUGGUGGCAAGCAAUACACAAUCAAACAUGACGCAAAUGGAAACACACAUGUGUCUGAUCUGACAAUUGUGGAUGUUCGUAGUGCCAAAGAGGUCUCGUAUCUUUUAGACCGAGCUUCACAGAGCAGGUCUGUUGGUAAGACCCAAAUGAAUGAACAAUCAUCAAGAAGUCAUUUUGUUUUCACCCUUCGCAUAUCUGGUGUUAAUGAGAGCACUGAACAACAAGUACAAGGUGUGUUGAAUCUCAUUGAUCUUGCUGGUAGUGAGCGCCUUUCUAAGAGCGGGUCAACAGGAGAUCGUCUCAGAGAAACUCAAGCCAUCAAUAAAAGUUUGUCAUCCUUAAGUGAUGUCAUAUUUGCCUUGGCCAAGAAGGAGGAUCAUGUACCUUUUAGGAACUCAAAGCUUACAUAUCUUCUUCAGCCAUGUCUUGGAGGGGAUUCCAAGACUCUGAUGUUUGUAAACAUCUCUCCUGAUCCCUCCUCAUCGGGCGAGUCGCUUUGCUCGCUUCGCUUUGCUUCUCGAGUAAAUGCUUGUGAGAUUGGAGUUCCACGACGUCAAACCAACAUCCGGUCGCUAGAUUCUCGUUUGAGCUAUGGUUGAUAUUUGAUAGAUGAAUAAGAAUUUUACCUUAGAAAAUUAUAUAUAAUGCAAUCAAUGCUCUGUUUCGGUAUCACUAGUAUUAUAAUGUGAAAAUUUCAGAGUGAUUCUAACUUGUACAGUGAAGAAAAUACUAUGCCAUAUUAGCUAAAUUGGAAAAUUUGAUUCUCUAAGUGCUGAAAAUGUAGUAAGUCUAAAUUCAUCAGUGCCCUUACAAUGAUUGGUUUUUGUUAUUUAUGUUGAAUGGACUUGGUGCAUGUAUUUAUGGCUUAAUUGCAUUUGACUUUCACUUU